AUGAGGCCUCCACAUCUUGCUGUAGAAUAUCUGCUCCUGCUUAUAGCACGCGAUGAAGGUACUCAAAAUCCCUGUUGUAGAAGAAAGAUUUCUUUCAACAAAUGUAAUUACUUUAACCCUAAAAGUGAAUUUGACACGGACUGGACUCUUGAUUUCUACGGGUUUCUAACUCCCGAGGAAUUCGAAAAUAGACUUAAGGAAAUCAAUUUUGCUGUCCGCAAUGUUCCACUAUUGAGCAGGAGAAUUAAAUCUUUUAGCGACUGGAGCUACGGCUUAACAACUGGGCUCAUGGCUUUAAUAAUUGCUGCCACUAGUUUCACGAGCGCUCAAAUCAUAAUUAAGGAAAUAUCGGAACGUCGUGCGAGAGAAUUCUCUGCUGUCUUAAAGCAAUUGUUCGAUCAAUAUAACGCUCGAGAUAACCCUACUGCGAACUGGAAGCUUGCGUGGCGUCCUGUUAUGACUCAUAUCGACAUUAAUAUGAAGGCAGGUACGAAUGGGUCCAUCUGUGGAAAAGCAGUUCCAAAAUUUUCCUCACAAGCACUACUAGUGAUCGAAAUUAAUGACGCGCUUUCGGAUCAUACGGCCCCGGCCGUCCAUUUUAAGAUUCCGCCUAAUGAUCUUCAAGAGAAAAUAAUGACAACAACAGUAGUCGAGCUACAGUAG